GAUUUAGAUGGGUAUUUAUGAACAGUGUUGUGUUGGAGACAAGCACUAACGUUCAGAAUCGGUUCAGUCCGUGAAAGCUUAUGGUUUUCAUUGCAGACUGCAUCGUAAUGAACCCCGGUGUAUUUUUAAAUGUGUAGAAGGAAGCUGUAAGCAGGUGUUUUCUCGAUAUGCCGCUUUAAAGUCUCACUUCUACCUCCACCACACUAGUGCGUCUCUCACGAUACUUCCCUUAGGGUACUGAAUUGUACCGUUUCACUCACUAUGUGAACGCCAGUGUGAGGGAAAUAAAGCUCUGAUUGCUCACUUAAAGGAAAGUAAGAGGAUGUCAAAGUGUGUUCUCUGUAAAAUCUUCAUUUACCUCCCAUAUGAAUAGAAAACACAUAUCUCAGAAAUGUAUGCAUGUUUUACAUUAAACUACAGGGGCAGCAUCUUCUGCCACCACCUACCAUUCAAACAGUUGUUGAAGAAAUACAAAAUAUACAUGAAUUGGGACAGAUGUAUACACUGAAUAGACUAAGCUCACUUCUAAAAGAUGUGUCAGUUUCAGAUGAAGAUGUUAUAAAAAUCUGUGACACAGUAAAACAAUCUGACUUGUUCUCUGCUUGUCACACAGGACCUAUGAGAACUGCUUACUCAAGAGUUCAGUGCUUUAAAGAUGUGUUUAAGUACGUUGAACCAAAAAAAGUAUUCCUGGGCAGAGACGAGAACAGAACUGAGAGAUUUGCAUAUUAUGUUCCUGUGUGCUAAAUACUUUGAAGCAUAAACGGUCUCAUAUCAGUGGAUCCUGAUGUUUCCAGAUCAGAUGUUCUCAGUGACUGUUGUGAUGGAGACGUGUUUGCGUCAAGCAGAUUUUUUUAAAGAAAAUCCAAAUUGUCUCAAGCUGGUUCUAUACCAGGAUGCAUUUGAAGUAGUGAACCCACUUGGUUCUGCAAAAAAGAAGCACAAGGUUUUGGCUGUGUCCUUCUCUCUACACAACAUUCCUCCCCAUGCCCGGUCCAAUGCUGAUCAUAUGCAGCUAGUUUUACUGUGUAGGGAGAAGGAUUUUAAGGAAUUUGGCCAUGACAAAGUUUUUUCAGAACUCCUGAACGAUUUGAAAGUACUAGAGGAGAAUGGCAUAACGAUGGCAGACAAAACUGUCGUGAUGGGAGCUCUCUACUGCAUUGCUGGAGACAACUUGGGCUCUCAUUGUAUUGGGGGUUUUACAGAAAAUUUCAGUUCAUCAGUGUAUUUAUGCAGAUAUUGUCUGUUAACUCCAACUGAAUUUCAGAGUGCUGAUCCAGCAGACUGUGGACCUCAGAGGACUCCAGAAACCUAUAGAUCUGCCACAGAACAGCUGGAAAGAGAGGACGUGUCAGACGUACAGGGGAUAAAGUUCAGUCUCUGGGACUUCAACACCAAAAUCUGUGCAUUCAUCUCCAGUGGUUGUCUUUCCCUCUGCACUCUCAAUUUCUUCUUCACCAGCAUCAUCCACCUCUACAUCAUCUUCAGGAAUCUGUACACCAUUAAUACCAAACUGCUUAGAGCGAUUUGAAAUACCAUGGCAGAGGCUCCCUGAGGAGUUAAUACAGAACUUGGAAAGACAGAAAAGACCUAGGUCAAGACAACGAAAAGAAAUGGUAAGGAUCGUGGUCUCUGAAAUGAUGAAGAUUUGCAAGAAUCCAACCAAACACAACAUAACAGAGAUAGCAAAAAGGAUGGUGGCCAGGUAUCCAAAGUCUCUGCAAGAUGUGAUUGAUGGUGACGUUAUUGGACCAGGAUAUCAUUCUCUGGUGAAGCAACUUCAGGCAAGAGUUGAAAAUGACAAGCGACCUGACACACCAAAGGUUAUAAAGCGCAAAGCAGCAUCAGAUGAUGACACAGACGAAAUACCUACCGAACAAAAAGCAAGUGUUCAAGACACCUAUGGAUGUAUUAGCUGGGAGUCAAAGCAUUUGCCACUCUCGGAGACUGUGGACAGUCAGCUUGAAAAAAAUGAAGAAAUGAAGAUGUUUAAGAAGAACUACAGUACAGAUGUUGUGAAAGAACUAGUCAAAUGCACCUAUUACACCCAGCGUAAAGACAUCAACAAAGGGGCAAGCAUCCAGAAACUAUGCCAGGAACGGCCCUUUCUCUUCAAUGAAGUUGGUAUGCCAGCACAUUUCCAAGAGCUGACUGGUGUGAAUCUGAUGGAAACCUUCCUUGCCAAUGUAGACAGAAAAGGGGCACGUCUGUUAAAGUUCCUGAGAUGUGUUGAUGCACAAAAAAGCGAAUGAGUCCAGAACGCUCUUCUCAAGCUUCAGAUUGAAAAUUAAACUUUUUUUUCAGACUGUAAAUUAAACUGUUUUUUUCUGAUGUAACUGCAAUGUUGUUGUUCUCUUGGCUUGUUUAGUUUAUCAUUUCCCACAAUUUGUAUAACAUUUUAUGUAGUCCAGAGGACUUCAAUAUAUUCAGUCAUUUAUUCAUUCUCGCACACAUUCGCUAGCUUACGUACUGAAACACUGGCUAACACAACCUCAGAAGCUCAGCCAGUAAGAUGAUUCAUCUUAUGAUGUAUGUAACUAUUGAAGAUGGAUCCUGCCUUAAUUGGUAAUAAAAAAAAGACCUAAA